AUGCCGCGGGACGUGUUGGCCAGGGUACAUUUCUACCACAUCAAAAAGGCACUGAUGGCUAAAUCAAGACAUAAGGGCUCGCUUCCUGAUCAAUACCGCAUGAUAUCCUUAUAUACAGAUUUAUCGGCUGUCACUCUACAAAUACGCAGGAAAUUGGCCCCAUUGACGGCGGCCUGCCGAGAGCACAAAAUCUUGUACAAAUGGGGUUUCCCCACCCGUCUCCUCAUCCACAAGAACGAGCGACUGCAUGUGAUCCGAUGUCUCCAAGACGGGCUUCGGGCUUCAUUUGUUAUUCCCAUGGGGAGUGGAUGGUUUAUCUGUGACAUCAUAGCUAAUAGUUCCACUCCUAAAGAGAAUCAAGAGGCAAUCAUAGUAGCCCUACCUAAAGCCGGAAAAUCACCUGAACAACCCUUUUCCACUGAUCAAGUGGGCUUUGUACAAGGCAGACAGACCUAUGAAAAUACUAGAAGAGUGCUUAAUCUUCACCAUGUUGGGUCAGGUUGCGUGCCAUCUGUGUUUUUAGCCCUGGACGCUGAGAAGGUGUUUGAUUGCAUUCAUUGGGGGUAUGCCUUCUCGGUGCUCCAGGCUCCAGCAAAGCGCUCCUCAAAAGCCUUAUUAGAAAAACUUCACUCAAAAUAUUCACAGAAAUCAUGGGCGGAGACAUAUAAACUUGUCCGUUAUUGUCUGUUCCCCUGGACAGGUUUUAAUAAAUCUCCCCCUAGGAGUGAUAAGCCUGCGGCAGCUACUAUAAAAGGCUUAACAGAACAUCCGAUUGUUAGAUGCACAAAUACAGUGCAAGAAGCUAUAAAAGCAAAAUCCCUUUCAACUUUAUUAACCCGAAUAGAAUCCAUAUCAAAGCAAAAGGGAUUGGAGUCCCACUUGGGCCCAAAUGGAAGAAUCUGCUACAUAACAUCAGAAAUGUUCUACAUAGAAGUGCAAGUGAAGAAAAAUGGACAUGUAGCAUUCGUCAAGCUGGCUCACCACGGUGAAUCCCCAACAAUCUGCCAGGAACUACUGCUUCUUCUCAGAAAUAAAGAUUUUGAAGGCUUUGGCAAAAGUUUGGAAGGCCUUUUACAUUUGUACAGCAUUCCAGGUAACAGUGAUAUCAAAGCUAAAGUGUAUGUAGCCUUGCGUAGUCUAGAAGAGGAUAUGAGUGCAUUGUUUAAUCUCAGCAGACUUUCAAAUGACAAGGAUAGAAUAACUACAAUCCUACAGGGACAAGUAGGCUUCGUCUCUUUCAGAAGUGGAGGAACACCAAUGAACAUUCAGUAUUAUAUUUCACCAUAUCAAAUUCUGGAAGAAAAACUAAAACCAGGCAUUCGUGUGGUUGGAACAAAUGUAUCGGUAACAGUUGCCGGCACAACAAACUGGUACCAUCUUCAAGUGACCCCAUUAUUUCAAGAGAUUGAACAAGAAGGUGGAAGCAUCCACAGGUUUUCAUCGCUCACAGAUGAAUCCAGUAUGGCCCUGCCAGCAUGUUUCUUUCUAAGAUUUGAUACUCCAGAGCCUGUUCUGCUCACGUUAAUUCAGAAGAUCCAAAACAUUACUGGCCUUCCUGUUGUUUUUACAAAACAAGGCCCAAUGCAUGAGCUGGUCAUUGGAACAAAACAUAAAAGGCACACAGAUUUAGUCAGUCAAGAGAUCCAGUUUGUUGUGUCUAUUUCAGGUUGUAAAGAUCAUUGUUAUGUGGUUAACAGCAGAAUGGGUGGUGAAAAUGCUGUGAUUGGUGCAUUGGUCAGCAAAAUACCCUUUAUUCACCCAAGCCAUAUCCCAUCAAUUCUGGAAGUUUUAAGACACCAAGCAGCCUAUAAUACUCUGAUUUAUAGCUGCAUAUCUAGCACAAUAAAGUUUUCAGAUCAUACAAGAAUGCUUCAUUUUGAAGUCUCCCUGCAAAGAGAGUUUAAGAUCUGCAUUUCAUUUCAGCAUCCCAAAGGGGGCAGUCUGUCCUGUGUUGUUGUUGAAGUCUUGAACUGCAGGAAAAUAAUGUGCAGUCUCCAUACUAGCUCCUCAGACCCGCCAUCACCCUGCAACAGUGAUUUCAUCAUGAAAGUUAUGGAAAGUUGUAUGUCCAUUCCCUUAACAAUGAGAACCAUCUUUAAGAAGGCACAGGAAGCAGAAGUUUCUGAAGAUAUGGUGAUAAAUUGUGUAAAUGGAAACAAUGUUUUGCCCCAAAGCUGUUCAGAAUAUCAAAAAGAGGCUGCUAUGGACCAACAACCUAGUAUCCCACAUGACAUGCAGCCAACUUUUCAGAAGAAUAUCCCCAAUAAUUUAAUCUAUGACCAUAAUGAGGAUAUUUUCCCGGAUGAGAAUGAUGCCUUACAUUCAGUUGAUGAACCUUGUCCCUAUCCUGCUCAAGAACUAAGCUCGAGUUAUACCGAAGACUCCUAUUUUCACCCUGUAGAAAUCAGUUCUAGUGGGGUAGAUGAGCACAAUUCUACGGUUGCUGAGCAAUCUUAUUCUAGUGUAGCAGAGGAGCCCAGUUCCAGCAUUGUACAGGAACUCAGCCCUAUUAUGGCUGAAGUUCCAAGUCCUAAUUUAGCUGAGGAUCCAAGUUCCAGCAUUACAGGAGAGCUGAGUUCAAGUAUUACUGAGGAGCUCAGCUUGAGUGUUUCAGGACUAGUGAUGGCACGAUCCAUACCUGAACAUGAAAUGGAUGAAUGCUAUUCAUAAUCAAUCAAAUAAAUAAGGUAAUA